GUCCGACUGCGUUACACUGUACGUCCAUUGCACGCUGAGAUGAUAUCUCAAGUCAUAGUGAGUUUAUUCACAUAGUUGAUUGUUUCCAGAUAGACUGUCAGUGCAUGAUUUUACUGAAGAAAGUAUGAAUUCAUACUGCCCAAGCUACCAGCUUUGGGGAAAUUUUGGGGAAUUUCGGGGAAAUUUUGGGGAAAUCCCCAAAGUGAAAUAGCCUUCCCCAAAGUUUGGGGAAAUUUUGGGGUUUACCUAUGCACCUCUGAAGAACUAGAGAUUGCUGAGGUUGAGGCUGGAUUUGCCCCGGUGGAAUUUCCAGUUGUCAACAUUUCAACAGGAACGUUUUCUCCGAUUGCGAGGUUUGUACCUACUUUAUCAAUACUCAUAUAUCAGUUCAUCGAAAGCUGACCUUUCAUCACCACCAAUUCUACGUACGUCGACUGAAGGUGAUAAACCUUUGAGCGAUGAUAUACAUCACAUGUUCAGAAAUAUCCUAAAAGCGGUAACUGAACUAUCUAGCAAGAUGGACAGACUGAUCGCUGUAAGCGAACGCUUAGCCAUGGGUGUAAGUGAAAGGCGUAUGGAAGAUACGGAUAGUGAUGCAAUCACUUUCCCAUUACGAACGCAUGACGAGUUGCGUUCUUUAGAGACAGCUUUAGAGAACAAAAAAUUCCGGGAUCAUUUCGUAAGUUGUAACCGGUGUUUGAAGAAAUUAUAGAUGGAAAGAUUAUACCAUGUACUAUGUGAUGAUCUUCGGAAAUCAGCAAAAGCCUGUCUGAAAUACAUCCUUUCUCCGGAACUGGCAAACACGUACACCUUGCACGGAACCAGAAGUAAAUUUGGUAUUAGUAAGUACAACUUUUACUCGACGGUUCAAAGUGCUUUGUGUUCACACUUCCGGAGUGCGACCUGUUCGGAAAAGGAGAUCACGCACGCCAUGGCUACAACAAGCCAGGCCUUCUUGCAUGACGCAAGAGAUAAAGUACAUAAACGUGGAUGGCGAUCCAAAGAAAGGCUGGCUUCGCAGGCUUUAUCAGACGUAACUAACAUUAUCAAUGACAGUUCUACGUCUACGUAAGGUGUUGCUGUUACAACG